UUUCCUGUUACAGACAAACUCUGCUACCCCUCUGAAGCUUUUGAAAUAGCUGUUUGGCCUUGUACAUUUAAGACAAAAAAUACUUCUCUGGGGAUGUUUUCUAUGCACUUUGAGAACAGGUUUCCUUUUCAUCCCCAGCAUUUUCCUGUGGCUCAUGUUCAGCCUUUCCCUCACUAACAGGUGCAGAUUUAAUUAAUCUUCCCUUUUCAUCAGCUAGCCCAGCCCAGCCCUGCCCUCUUGUCAAGGCUUGUUCUGGUCUCUCCCUCCCUUCCAUUGUAAGUUCAGGAUCUCACCUCCCCACUCAAACCCCCUCUCCUUUGUUUUGGCAGCCUCUGGAUCAUCUCAUUAAGCUAAAACGUCCCUUUUGCUCAUCCUGACUCAAAUUUUGCAACCUAUUCUGGGUUAAAAAAUUCCCUUUUCCCACCCUUCUGAUUCAACUUGACCCCUUCUCUCCUGCCUUUGAUGUAACAUGGUGGGGUUUAAUAGAGCAAUUAGAAGCUUAUCUUGUUUCGUAUCCAAGAUAAAACCCCUCCCUCCUGCCUGCCUGAGCUCCUAGUCAUAGGAAAGCACUAACAUCCGGAUUUCCUUGGGGGAAGAAAUUGCUUGUAACUCACUAACUUCCGGCAUAAACACUUCCUGAGCGAGCCGGUGCUUUAUACAGCUGGGGGAGGUGUAUGAGCCUAUUAGCCUAUUAAACCCAGCACUCCCAUAUCUCUGGAUGAGGGUCGCAUAUGGAACAGACAGAAGUAGGAGCUGCAGGUUACCAGCCAGCUGUCCCUGCUCGGCAUGCUUGUGUGUAUACCAGCUGCUAUUGUGAGGAAAAUGUUUGGAAACUUUGUGAAUACAUCAGAAGCUAUGAUCAAUAUCCUUUAGAAGAAUUUUUUGCUGUUUUCAUAUCCAAUGAAAGAAGGAUGAUACCACUGUGGAAGCAACAAUCAGGACGUGGAGAUGAACCUGUGAUUUGGGAUUAUCAUGUUGUUUUACUUCACCUUUCAAGUGGAGACCAGAACUUCAUUUAUGAUCUUGACACCGUGUUGCCGUUUCCAUGUCCAUUUGACAUUUACAUUGAGGAGGCAUUUAAAUCAGAUGAUGAUCUUCUUCCAGAAUUCAGAAGAAAAGUCAGACUGGUGCGAGCAGACUUGUAUCUGAAGACAUUUGCUUCUGACCGAUCCCACAUGAAAGAUGCUAGUGGACACUGGCAGAAGCCUCCUCCUUCCUAUCCUUGCAUUGAAACUGAAGAUGCCAAGAUGAACCUGGAUGAUUUUAUCAGUAUGAAUCCCAAGGUGGGAUGGGGCUCAGUAUUCCUGCUACAUGACUUUGUGGAUCUGUAUGGCAGACAGAGGUGAUUUCAGAUUCACCUUGAAAGGACAGUAAUGUAAACAGAGGACACAUCAGUUGCCCCCACUUUUUUUUGGUUUUUUGGUUGUUCCUGUCAUUCUAUUUAUAAAUGGUUUAUUUCUAUGGAAUAAUCUUUAUGUCAAAUACAAAACUUGAACAAAAAUGCAAUGAACUGAAUAAAAUAUUUUUACUAUAAAACUUGUAUAAAUGGAUCAGACUAAUUCUGUAGCAUCUGUAUUGCUUAGUUACCAUAUCAUGUAUUUUUAAUGUGCCCAAACAUCUGCUCAGUUGCAGGCUAUAUAGGACAAA